AUGACAGUUAGGUUUAAAUCUGUGCAAGUUUCUUCCAAUGAGCAAGGGGUUUUUACCAUCAUGCUAAAUUCUGAAGAAGCCAAGAAGAAAAUCCGUGAUACCAAAUGGUUUGUUAAUCAACAACCAUUGCAUGUGAAUAUUUGGUAUCCAGGAUACAGUCCUGAAAAGCAAAGAACUUCUCACGCGGCAGUUUGGUUGCGUUUCCCUGGCUUACCUGUGGAGCUUUGGACUGAACGGACCUUGCUGGAAAUGGAGAAAAUAAUUGGCGCACUUAUUGUGGUUGAUGAGAAGACAUUGAAUCUGGAAUAUGGCCAUUUUGCUUCAGUGCUUGUGGACAUAGAUUUUGCUAAACAUAUUCCUGAAAGGAUACAUAUUAUAGCUGGUGGUAGGAGUUUCUGGCAAUAUUUGGAUAUCCCAAAUUACCCAAAAUUUUAUUUACAUUGCAAUAUCAUUGGAAACUCUGAUGAAGAAUGUAAAAAGAACCCAGCAAAUAAGAACGAAUCAAAGGAAACAACUGCACUUACUGUUCCUGGAGAAGUUCAACCUAAACAAGCUUGGUAA